AUGGAUCGUCCGGAUCCUUUUUAUGUUGUACGUGAUGAAAUCAUCAAAUCCCUCUCACAAGCCAAGGUAGAAUAUGAAUCCUGGAAUCACGAGGUUACAACGAAAUCAACCAAUAUUAAACCAGUGGAAACUGCUUUGAGAGAGUCAAUUAGAAAUAUUGAUUGGGAUCUUGAGGAUUUACAAGAGACAGUUUUAAUUGUAGAGAAAAACCCCUCGAAAUUUUGCAUUAGUUCAGAGGAACUUCGAUCACGACAGCAGUUUUUGCGGGAAGUCAAAACUAUUGUCAAGAACGUGAAAGACCAACUCUAUGACCCUAACGAUCUUAUCACAGGAAUUCAAAAGCCUAUCAACUUUGAUGUAACAAUUGUGAAAAAUCCUGCCUCAAAUGCUAUCAAUGGAUUCAACCAGGACCGUUUUAACUUAAUGUGA